CCACUUGCAGACAUCUACCAAUGAAUUUCACAACAUGCUGCGGAAGAAAAACAAAGUGCAGGAAGACGUCGAGCACUGACGAGCAGCAGCAGACUUCUGGGGAUUUUUCUCUGUUCCUGAAAGUUGUACUAUGUGGGAAUUGAGACGCCUCAUCGCGUGAGUGUUGGUCCACACGGAGUAAAGAGCAACAAAGAUUCUCAGAGUUGUUCCUUUGUGAGCGAAGGAACACAAACUCGCCUUGAGAGGACCCCAGAUGCAGCGCCAAAGAUCUACUUCAAAUACUUAAUAGAUUCCUGCUCUUUUGUGUCUUCAGUAUCUAGUCCACAGUAGAGCUACUUAAUGUUCGCUAUCGCUUUAUUUAUAUCUGCUGACUUUACAAGCACCGUCAAGUUUGUGACUGUUUGCAUGUGAGGAAAUUACGCAAAGGUUAAAUCGUUGCAAGGUUUUCAGGCAUUUGACUCCUCAUGGCUCCACACCCUGUAAUCCAGGCAAUCAUUGACUUCUCAGCCGGAGCAGUAGGUGGAACAGCCUGUGUGCUGAGCGGUCAACCGUUUGAUACCGCAAAGGUGAAGAUGCAGACGUUUCCCGGCAUGUACCGGGGCUUCAUCCACUGUUUCAUCUCGACCUUCAGACAGGUGGGACUGCUCGGUCUCUACAAAGGCACAACUCCGGCCCUGCUAGCCAACAUCAGUGAGAACGCUGUACUCUUCUUGAGUUACGGCCUCUGCCAGGAUGUCAUCCGCCUUUUGACCAGGAUGGAUAAAGGGACAGAACUCAGUGAUCUUCAGAAGGCAUCUGCAGGGUCUUUAGCCUCCAUCUUCUCCUCCAUGGCACUCUGCCCCACAGAGUUGGUGAAAUGCCGCCUGCAGGCCAUGCAUGAAAUGGAGACGUCUGGAAAGGUACCGAGAGGACAGAGAAGCACAGUGUGGACUGUGGUGAAGACGGUGUUGAAGACAAAUGGACCGCUGGGUUUCUAUGAAGGCCUGACGUCCACCAUCGUAAGGGAGAUUCCGGGUUACUUCUGCUUUUUUGGAGCCUAUGAAGUGUGUCGGUCUACAUUUGCACAACACAUGGGCACAGACAAAGAUCAUAUAGGUAUCCUUCCACUCAUGUUCAGCGGUGGAUUUGGAGGAGCUUGUCUUUGGUUGGCGGUUUAUCCAAUAGACUGUGUGAAGUCCAGGAUCCAGGUUUACUCUUUAGCUGGGAGGCAAGAGGGCUUCAUAAAGACCUUUAUGGGUAUUAUGCACACUGAAGGGUUCGCUGCUCUCUACUCUGGCCUGACUCCUACCAUGAUACGCACCUUCCCUGCCAACGGAGCCCUCUUCCUGGCUUAUGAGUUCAGUCGCAAAUUCAUGAUGGAGGCGGCCGGUGCCUGAUGUGGAGGAUCUUUCCACUUGAAGCAGACAUUCUGUGAUAACACUGCCUCUUUUAGUAUUUAAACAUAUAGAACUGGAGAUUUACAGUUUCAUCAUAGUUGAUGAUCUGAAAAUGAUGUAAAUAUCGGUGUUUUUAUUAGCAAAUAACAUGAACAUUGUGUGUCCAUACUGUGCUGGUCACAGCCAUUUUAAAUAAAGUUUUAUUCUUGAAAUUUAA